UUUAUUUUUGCUGCAAGAUCAUUGACGCACUUUGCCACACAUCAUGUUGCCUGGAUCGACAUCGCGGUCGACUUCCGGCAAGGGUAAAGCAGCCGCGUCGACGAAUGAUGACGCUGAUGGAGCCGCUGAAGGGAGCAUCAAGUUGCGCACGAGCGAGGACGUGUACCAUCGUCUGAUCUGGCAGGACACUGAACCCGACGCCGCCUCAAACAACGGUGUCAACAAUGACAAUGACGACCACGGACAGGCCUACGCAGCGGACGGCGAGGCUCAGGGCGCCAGAGCAGCCGCCGAUCGUGCUGCAGCCGCUCUAGCGGGUGAACCAUUCGAUUCGCGCACAAUUGCUCGCGUGCGCGUCCGGAUGGGCUACGAAGACCGCAUUCUGGGCAUGGUCGAGACAUCGCUGCUCGAGUGGAAGCCAAUGCCAAUCGGCGAUAUUCCGUGGCAUCGUGUGUGGUAUUACCGUGUGGACGACCAACUCAUCUGGGAUCGCGCAGAACGCGUGGACUUUGUGUUUGGAUCGGGCAACGUACCGGCAUCGGGAUUGUGCCCAAGUUUCGCCAAGUCGCGAUACGCGUCUGCAUUGAAAAACACGGCCAAAAUGCACGCCAUUGAACAAGCGCGUCGUGGCGGCGGUAGCUCACGUGGGCGUGGUCGAGGCAAGCAGGGUGGUGCGGCAUCGGACGCCGUCGCAAUGGCGUCGGCAGGUGUGGGUGCAACCAUGGCUGCCACUCGCUCGGCCCAUUCCAACGGUGCGUUCGUGCCCAAGGGCAUCACCAUGCUCAACGUGUAUCGAUUUGAUGCAGCUCAAGGAGACUGGAUUGUCGAUGGUGCUUCGCCCAGCGACCAGCCGAUCGCUCAGGAAUAUCUGGCUCGGGCUCGCGCACGCGAUCAGCUCAAAAUCGUGACUUUCAACGUCUUGUUUGAUGUCUAUCAGCCAGAGCUCAUCCAUACAAAGGAACGGACGCCACGUAUGCUGGCCUUCCUCGAGUCGCUUGACGCGGACGUGAUUGCGCUGCAAGAAGUGACUGGGCACUUUCUCGCCCAGCUGCUCGAGGCUCCGUGGGUUCGCGCGAGCUAUGCCGUGUCCGAUAUCCCCGGUGGUCCCACGCAAAAUCCGACUGGCCAGCUGCUCAUGUCCCGGCUUCCCUUUGAAGAUCUUUCCAUGUCUCAGAUCAACGCGAAAAAGAAGGCAGUGGUUGGACGCUUGCAAGGCUUGCAUCCAGACCGGUUGACCAAGAUGAUUGUUUUGCACCUCACCAGCAACAUGCAUGGCGAUGCCAGCCUGCGUCGUCGCUCCCAGUUGACGAGCAUUGUUCAGCAACUGUGUUCUCCUGAUGAAGACACGGUGUUGCUGGGUGACUUCAACAUGUUCUCCUCGGAAACGCUGGCGCCGCGAUUGCAGGACGUCUGGGCGCAUUUGCAUCCCAACGACGAUGGAUUCACCUUUGACUCAAAGCACAACCCACUCGCUGCCAUCAUCUCCCCCAAUGGCACGCGUGAGCGGCUUGAUCGCAUUUGCCUGUUCAGUCCGUCGCGGUGCUCUCUCAAAGCAGCAGGCAUUUCGAUUGUGGGGCGUGAACCGUUCGAGUUUGUUCCGACUGCCCCAGCAACUGAUGCAGCUGCUGCUGCUGCUGCUGCUGCUGCGGAGCCGCUGGCACCAAUCUCUUGCAUGCUUUCCGAUCAUUAUGGUCUUGAAUGCACCCUGCAGACACGCGGUGACUUUGACCCAUCCGCAGAGGCCGAAGUUGAGUCCUCGGAGGAGGAUGCCCUGUUUGCACUGUCCGCCUUGCCUAUGGUGCACCAUUCCGCCGUAUGCAUCAUUCCGAGCCCGGCCAUUUGGGCGCCCAUUCAAGCCAUUCGAGCCAAGCACGACAAGUCGUUUGACCGAUGGAUGCCUCACAUUAAUCUCGUUUAUGGGUUUAUUGCAGACGAGGCGGAUCAGUUUGACACGGCUGCCAGCCGCUUCACCCGAGCACUCCAAGGCAAUGCACCCACCUUCACCAUCACUCUUGCCGAGUUUGACAUGUUCCAGCAUGGCCGGAGCUGCACGGUGUUCUUGAAGCCAACCGUCUCGAGCGUGCAGCCUGGACUGGCAGACUUGUUCGUCCCGAUUGACGAGGCAUCCGAACGGGCGCGGCUUACAUCCCUCGCCGUGCCGCAAGAUGAGAUUGUCGCCGAUCUGAAGCGCCGACAUGAACAGCAGGCCAUCCUGCAUUUGCAGCGGAUUUUGGAACAGCAGUAUCCCCAAUGCGUUGAGCAGAGUUCGCGCUCGCCCAAGGGGUUUGUACCUCACCUCACGGUUGCGCAGUUCGGCACAUCUGCUGAGGCGCUACGCUUCAUUCGCCAAUGGCAGGCCGACUGGAAGCCGCUGACGUUCACAGUGUCGACGGUCAGUUUGAUCAGUCGGCAUGGAACAGACCCCUUCUCCGUGAGCAAGACUGUGUACAUUGAGCCGCAGGCUGUCGCCCAAGACGCUGAGGAUGGCUUGGUCGCGUCGUCCAAUCCAGCCCAUGGCGGCGCGAGCUCAUCCAGCAGCGCUGCUCCCUCCAAGAAUGCAGCUGCCUUUGCGACCAUCGUUUCUGUGUUGAAGCGAAUUGUUGGUGAGCAUGCCUCCAUUCAGCUGACCGGAUCGCAUCAGCUGGGUGUGGACACGAGCGACUCUGACCUGGAUGUUCUGUGCUUGGGACCCCACUCGUUGUCGCUCGAUGCCUUCCAAGCUGCUGCGGUGAACGAGUUUGAAGCGAUUGGGCUGCGAUCCGUGCGACCAGUCUGCGACGCGCUCGUGCCUCUUGUGAAACUGGUCUUCCGUUCGGGCGCUGAAGCAGACCUGUUGUAUGUGCGUCUGCCGGCCGAUGCUCAUCUUCCCUGCACACCGGCUCAGAUCAAGCCGAGAAGCCUCAAAGCCAUGGAUAGCACCGCUCAACUCACGCUGCAAGGCUGGCUGGAGAAUGACGCGUUGGUCAAUGCCAUCCCUCAGCCACUGCUCUCAACCUUCCGCUCACUGUUGCGAAGGGUGAAGCAGUGGGCCCUUGCUCGUGGAAUUUACUCGAAUGCAGCGGGCUUUCUAGGCGGGUUUUCGUGGUCUGUGUUGGUCGCACACUUUAUGGUCAAAACCAAACCGUCGCCUCUCGGCGAUGAAGACCAGGAUUCGACAGGGCGCCCUCUUCUGGCCCUGAUGCACGCGUUCUUUGUUCACGUGGCCAACUGGCCAUGGCCGCAGCCGAUUCUGCUCAACAUGCCGUUGGGUGCCACGCUUCCAGCAGACGCGAUUGGCGAGUCUGUCAUGCCCGUCAUGACACCGACUUGGCCCACCCGCAACUCUGCGCGAGUCGUCUCCGUCUCAACCCUGAGUGUCAUGCGUGCAGAGCUGCAACGUGGCGCAGAUCUGACUGCGGCAGCCGAUUGCUCGCUGGCUGCCGUAGCCGACCCGCUGGGCGUGUCGACGUUGGCGAAGGGCAUUCUGGUGGUCCAGCUGCAGUGCUUGAACAAGAGCGAGCUUGAGCGUGGUGCAGGCUGGCUGCUUUCGCGCUUGGGCGUGCUUGUCCAUGAGCUCGAGCGCUGUGGUGUUGCCUGCCGACCCUUGCAGCGCGUGCUGCAAAACAUCCACGAAGGGUACACUCGGGCAGAGCAGGCUGCGGGUGCUCAUGGCAAGGCGCCAAUGUGCAACUACCCACUCACCGCCACUGCUCUGAUUGGCAUGUCGCGCAUGAAUGCAGCGGUUGAGGGCACCGCCGCCGCUCCUCCGCCCGACUUUUCCUCGGCGCUGGUGCGCUUCCGCGAAAUGUUUGAAGCCUGGUCUGGAAAGGGGUUUGCAAACCUUGAAAUGCUUCCAGUGAAGGCAACCAGCACAGUGGUGGUGGCCGCAGACUUUGCGUACCAGACGCAAGUGCUUGGUCGAUGAAUGCGUCGAGCUGUGGGGUUGUGCUUUGAUUGUUUGCGUUGUUUGCAUUGGUUGUUUGGUUGUCGCCGUUGUUUUUUAUUGGUUGUCGCCGUUGUUUUUUAAUUAGUUGUCGUCGUGGAUUAAAAUGGGCUAGCUCACCGCCA